UUUACAUAUUUGGCAAAUUGCCAUGGACUUCCGGUUUCAGAUAAAGACACACGCGGAUCUAUCGGGAAAAAAACGCGAAUAAUCUUAAAAAUAACUUGAAAAGAAAGACUUAAUAAGUAAAUUUACAUUCUCUGUUUUUAAAAUGUCCAAUAACGGUGCUCCGGACUCUUGGGAAAGCCAAGCUGAUGUUAUAAGUGAACAAGGUGCGAAAGAUUCGGACGAUGUGUCUGCAAAAUUUUCCACGUUGAACGUUAAUGCCACGGAGUUCGUGCCUUCUUUUUGUAAGCCUUCCAAGGCUUCUGAUGAUUCGGAAUCCCCCACUACUCCACAAAAAUCAGAAAGUGGAUCAACAAAAUCUGUGGGGAGCCCUGUCUUGAAUGGUUGCGGUGAUGGGGGUGCUGAAAGUGGUGAUGGUGCAUCUGCUUCACCACGGGUGGAGGAACCGCCUCCUGUACCUCCUGCUGCUGGUAGCCCUGCUGUAGGAUCGCCAGCAUCUGGAACUCCUGGCUCUGGCACACCAGUUGAUGGUUCUGCUGCAGGCACACCUGAUGGAGCCAGUGGCUCAGCUGCUCCCACAGCUACACUACCUGUACCAACUGAUGUCUCUCCCACUGCUGACAGCUGGGAAGCUGAAGCAGAUGAUGCUUUGCUUACUCCUGAAGAAAAUAAUGAACCUGAGGAUGAAGAAACAGAACAGCCGGAGGAUGGUGAAGCAGCAAAGAAAAUUCCUAAGAAGAAGCCGCCUCGUGUUGAAGACACUUGCAGCAAGAAAGAACAUGUAAAUGUUGUAUUCAUAGGACAUGUAGAUGCUGGUAAGUCUACAAUAGGUGGUCAAAUUAUGUCACUCACUGGUAUGGUGGACAAAAGGACACUCGAAAAGUACGAAAGAGAGGCGCGUGAGAAAUCUAGGGAAUCUUGGUACUUAUCAUGGGCACUAGAUACCAAUCAAGAAGAACGUGACAAAGGCAAGACUGUUGAAGUUGGUAGAGCAUACUUUGAGACUGACAAGAAGCAUUUCACAAUUCUUGAUGCACCUGGCCAUAAGAGUUUUGUACCAAAUAUGAUUGGUGGCGCUGCUCAAGCUGACCUUGCCGUCCUGGUGAUCUCUGCACGUAAGGGAGAAUUCGAAACAGGUUUCGACAGAGGAGGCCAAACUCGGGAGCAUGCUAUGUUGGCUAAAACUGCAGGUGUUAAACACUUAGUUGCACUUGUUAACAAGAUGGAUGACCCAACUGUAAACUGGGAUGAAAAAAGAUACAAUGAAUGCCGAGACAAAAUCAUGCCUUACCUUAAGAAGUUAGGUUUCAAUCCAGCAAAGGAUUUGUCAUUCCUUCCUGUCUCUGGACAAACAGGACAAGGUUUACUUCAAAGAGUAUCUGAAGAAAUCUGUCCAUGGUACCGUGGGCCAUCCUUCAUACAGCUCAUUGAUGAACUUCCAUCUCUGAAUCGCAAAAUGGAUGGACCAUUCAUAAUGCCUGUUGUUGAUAAAUACAAAGAUAUGGGUACUGUGCUCAUGGGAAAAGUAGAAGCUGGAGUUACUCGUAAAGGAGCUGCUUUGUUCCUUAUGCCUAAUAGGGUACAAGUUACUGUAGACCAGCUAUGGUCUGACGACAUCGAAGUAACUUCUAUUGGUCCUGGCGAAAACGUCAAAGUUAAGCUUAAAGGUAUUGAGGAAGAAGAUGUCUCCCCUGGCUUUGUCCUUUGUGACACAGCUGAACCUAUCACUACUGGAAGGGUGUUCGACGCUCAAGUCGUGAUCCUUGAACACAAAUCUAUUAUUUGUGCGGGAUACUCUGCGGUGAUGCAUAUACAUUGCGCCGCUGAAGAAAUUACAGUUAAGGCACUCAUUUGUUUGGUGGAUAAAAAGACUGGUGAAAAGUCAAAGACGCGGCCGCGCUUUGUAAAGCAAGAUCAAGUAGCUAUCAUGAGGAUAGAGUGUGCGGGAAUUAUUUGUCUAGAACCCUUCAAAAAAUUCGCUCAGAUGGGCAGAUUCACAUUAAGAGACGAGAAUAAAACAAUUGCGAUUGGAAAAGUCCUGAAGGUGAUUGAGUAAUUUGGCACUACAAUUUGUAAUUUAGCUAGGAUAGGCCUUUCCAAAACCUAUAUCAACAGAGAAUGCAUGAAAUAUGUUAUCCUGAAUUUUGGGAUCUGUAUCCUGUGAGAGCUCGAGUGUUUUGCUUCAACAUGAUUCACUAAAUAAUUUCCCAUUUCUCAAUAUCAUAGAACAGCUAGGCUUUAUAUAAGCAUAAAUACAGUCACAGCCACAAAGCUAAACAUUUAUACUAAAUUCCUCACGAUGCUCUUACCUGUUAAAUACAUCUUAUCAUUCAAGUGAAUUUUGCUUUAAUGUUUAAGCUCUAAUCUAUAUAUAUGUACAACAUAUUGGUUGCGACCAAUGUACAAGUUGCAUUAAUCUUUUAGUAGUUGUACUAGAAUUUUCUAGCUACUAAUAUUAGUCUUCAAUUUGCCAUAUUUUAGGAGUUAUUGUUUUGGUUGCAAAUACUUACUAUGCAUUUUGACUAGGUUUUUAACUUCCUACCACAACUAUUGUGAUCCCCACGUACACACAUUCCCGUCGAGCAUCGCGUAGAAUUUUAGUAUUUAAACACUUGAACAACAUAUUUGUAACUAAUUACUAAAUGUUAUAUAAUUUUGUCUAUGGAAAAGCCGCAAUUAUUUUACUGUAACACUUAUAUUAUCAAAAAGAGCGAUGUAGUUUUCGAUGGAAAAGGCUCUCGUGUAAAUUGUUAAAUUGAUCAUCCACUUAGCGUUGGUAAAAGGGGUAUUCGAUAUUUAGUUUAUAAACACUAACUUAAUUUAUUACUCAUGCAAUUUUUCUACCACUUAACAUGCGCUAAGUUUGCUUGUGAUGUGAUGAUCACUCUAACAUGUUUACCCUAUAAUUGAUUAUAUUUUCACAUUAUGGAUGUAAUGGUUAUUAUAUAAUACUGUUUCCUAUUUUAAAACAAAAUUAUGUUUUAUUUUUUAAUAGUUUGCUAUAAAAUACAAAACAUUGUUUAUACUAUUCUCGUUUCAGUUUCAUCUGAACGUUUUAUUUGUGUAUAACAUUAGUUUGACUCAGUAUCUGUUUAAAUGUUACUUAUUAUAAUCUGCAAUAUUUUAUCUAAUUAUGAAAGUAGAUUAUAAUUUAUUGCCUUGUAGUCAAUACAAAGACGAAACGUGUAAAAUUCGUCGAGAGUGACAACUGUAUAAUAUUAUUGCAACGAAAAGUACCAUUCUAUCUUCCAUUGGGAUACGGUUGAUUGUAAACACAAUAUAGACAACAUUAUAUAUUUUAGAAAAGAUGAUAUUCGACGUCUCUUAAAUAUAAUAAAUAUAACUAUAUGAAAUACACUUUGUCCGCAAUUACUCAACUGUAAAAGUAUUAAUGUAGAAACAUAAUGAGAGUACUUAUGGAACGAUAUGUAAAGGGGUUUGCUUUACUAAUAUUAUUUUUCACAAUGUCGGCCCAAAUUCCCAAUCGUUAUGAUAAUGUAUAUUAUGAAUUUAUAAAUUGUCAGCUUUUUUAAUAUAAUCAGAUUUACAUUUAAGGGCGUUUGUAUAAUGUCAUAUUUUGUGUAUAUCAGGACAAGAUGUGAGGCCCACGUAGUCCCCCGAGCCAGUUAUCUCGUGCUUUUGUUUUGGUCGAUAUGCUUUAGUAGAGGGAAGUAGGGCGCACAGAGGUCGCGGGCUGACCCGGCGCGCUGCCCGCCAGCGUCGUAGUGCCUUUGAGUUGCUGCGGGGGGCCGCGUGAGCCUCGCGCGCGCCGCGACACCGACCGAGCACUGGCAGGCUGCGACUAUAUUAUUUUGUUUAAAAAUAAAAUUUUAUUAAUA